AUGUCUGGAGCCAUGUCCGAAGAAGAAAUCGAUCUUUACAGUUUGCUCUCCAUCGAGAGAGAUGCAAGCCAAGAGCAAAUCAAGAAGGCUUAUCGCAAGGCCGCUCUAAAGUACCAUCCAGACAAAGUCCCAGAAGAACAGCGACAAGAAUCCGAGAUCAAGUUCAAGGAGAUUACCCAAGCAUACGAGAUUCUUAGCGAUGAGCAGAAGAAGCAUCUUUACGAUACGCAAGGCAUGGCUGCAUUCGACCCAUCUCGUGGUGGUGCCGAAGUGGAUUUGAACGACAUCCUGUCACAAAUGUUCGGCUUUAGCAUGGGCGGCCCCGGCGGGUCCGACGGCCCGAAGCGACCGAGAAAAGGACCCGACGAGGAGCAAGAAUAUAAAGUCACCCUUGAAGAACUGUACAAAGGCAAGACGGUAAAGUUCGCAGCGCACAAGCAAGUGGUUUGCGGUCAAUGCAAAGGCUCGGGGGGCAAAGAAAAGGCCAAGUCAACAACUUGCGACCGGUGUAAAGGCCAUGGCGUGGCUGAAGCAAUCAGACAAGUCGGUCCUGGUAUGAUGAGGCGGGAGACGGUUUUGUGUGAUCAUUGUCAGGGCUCUGGACAAGUCUUCAGGGACAAGGAUCGCUGCAAGAAAUGCAAAGGCAAGAGGACGACGCAGGAAAAGAAAGUCCUGGAGAUUUACAUUCCUCGUGGAUCCAUGCAGGGAGAACGAAUUGUUCUGGAAGGAGAAGCAGAUCAGUAUCCCGACCAAAUACCAGGCGACAUUGUCUUCACACUGGUCGAGGAACAACAUGACGUCUUCUCGAGACUGGGCAGUGAUUUAUCAGCUGAGCUGAAAGUCACACUCGCCGAGGCGCUAAUGGGCUUCUCCCGCGUGGUGCUGAAGCACCUCGAUGGGAGAGGAAUCCACCUUAGCCGACCCAGGGGUAAGAUUCUGCGCCCAGGCGACUGUUUGAAGAUAACUGGAGAGGGUAUGCCUAUGAAGCGAGGCGAAGCCAGGGGAGACUUGUACCUCCUUGUCUCUGUCGAGUUUCCGGAAGACGGCUGGCUAAAAGAUGAUGCUGCCAAUGAGGCGCUGCAGAGGAUGCUACCGCCGCCGCCUGCGGCGAUUGUGGCGGAUGAAGUCGAUGAAGUCGACUAUGAGGAUGAUGCGGACAUUGAAAAGAUGGGUGAAAACUCUGGAGAUCCUCGGUUCAUGAGCGAGUGGGAGGAUGAAGAUGUUGAUGAAGGCCAAACUCAAUGUCAAACUCAGUAA